AUGAAAUCCGAUAUCCAGAGAGAAAUCACCGCUCUGCGACAGGAGGCUAAGGCUGAUGACAUCUCCCCAGAGGUGGGCCGCCUCAGAGCCUCAUUCAACCAAGUGAAGCCCAAACUACGAGACGCAGGAAUCCCAUACAGCCUGUAUUACCCAGCGAAGAUGACGAUAACGGUGAAAGGAACCAGGCACGUGUUCACAGAGCCACAAGCAGUGGAGGAGUUCAUCCGUAAUAUCGCACCAACAGCCAACGGAGAUAAAGACGACUAA